GCCGUGGAGACGCCUCGCGGGGCUGCGGUUGCGGGCGCGGGCGGCUCCUGCGGCUAUGAAAAACAGAACCGAAAAGUGCUAUAGCAAUUAACUUUUUUGUGGGGAAGUUUAUAGCCUUUCUGGCAAAGGGGGCCGCUCUACUGCUGGUCUGUUCCGCUGCUCUCUUAGGUUUGGGGUUUUUGUUGUCUUACCUUGAGGACUAGCGUUAAUGGUGCUGGAACUCCUCAGUUCCCCACGCAGAACUGGUUUCCAGUAUAACAGAGGACGAACAUUCAUACAUCUGUAUCUUCUCACAGAACGAAUGAUCCAACUUCAGGCUUUGCUGAAAGAAAGCCUGAUCAGAACAAAGCACGUGGAGAACGCGGCCGCGAUCGGCAUAAAUGAAAGGGAAGUGUGCGCUUCCACCUCCGGCUUCUAUGUGCCGCCAGAGAACGCCAUAAACCUCAUCUAUGCUUUCUACAAGAACUUGCUGCAAGUCAGAAAGGAGGGACUCUACUUCAGGCAGAAGCACUAUGAGUGCGUUCGGGCAGAUGAGCAUUCCAUCUAUCUUAAAAAUGCAGAGGGAGGCCUCAUAGUGGUGAAGACAAAUGCUCUCAUCCUGAUUGCUACGUACAGAGUGGGAAUGUAUCCCAGCGUGUGUGUGGAAGCUGUGGAGAAACUUGGGAAGAUGCUAGCAGCCCACUUUGAUUGCCCAGGAGGCCCAGAAAAUCUCUAUGUGAAAGAAGUGAUGAAACCACAUCCAGGAGAAGGAGAAGUUCUUGUGAAGGUCUCUGCCAGUGCUCUGAAUAGGGCUGAUUUACUCCAGAGGAGAGGGAAGUACCCUCCCCCCAAAGGAUCAAGUGAUAUUUUAGGCUUAGAAGCAGCUGGGAGUGUAGCUGGGCUUGGACCUGGCUGCACCGGGCGGUGGAAGAUUGGCGAUGCAGUGAUGGCUCUGCUCUCUGGAGGUGGCCAAGCUGAAUAUGUUACAGUACCUGAAGGCCACCUGAUGCCAGUUCCCAAAGAUAUGACUUUUAUUCAGGCUGCAGCCAUUCCAGAGGCCUGGUUAACAGCUUUUCAGCUGCUGCAUUUUGUAGGUAAAAUACAGAAAGGGGAAACAGUGUUGAUCCACGCUGGAGCUAGCGGGGUUGGUAUGGCAGCCAUUCAGCUGGUCAGACUGGCAAAUGCUAUUCCCAUUGUGACAGCAGGAACUCAGGAGAAACUCCAAGCAACAACAAACGCUGGAGCAGCUGCAGGGUUCAACUACAAGAAUGAAGAUUUUAGCGAAAAGGUCUUGGCCUUCACCCAAGGUUCUGGAGUAGAUAUUAUUUUAGAUUGUGUUGGUGGCUCUUACUGGGAGAAGAAUCUCAGCUGCUUGAGAACUGAUGGCCGGUGGGUUAUCUAUGGACUACUGAGUGGAGGUGAAGUUCAUGGAGAUUUGCUUGCAAGGCUGCUUUCCAAAAGAGGGAGCAUCCAUACAAGUCUAUUAAGAUCACGAGACAAGGAGUAUAAGGAGCAGCUGGUGAAAGCCUUCAUAGAAAAUGUGCUGCCGUAUUUCUCUGGAGGAGCCUCCCCACAUCUCCAGCCAUUUGUCGACAGUGUUUACCCUCUGCACGAGAUUGUGGAGGCACACAGGAAAAUGGAAGAAAGUAAGAAUAUUGGCAAAAUUGUCAUUGAAAUGCCAGUGAAAACACCCUAAAGAAAGGCCCCCUGCUGUAGCUGCUCUACAGGCAGGAGCACUACAGAUGUCUUAAAAGCAGAGAUUCUGCAAUUUCUGCUUCCAAACUGGAAAUGAUUUAUUGUGGAACGUGUCAAAAAAUGAGGGCCAAAGCAAAGCCUUACAGGAUAUGUGAAUAAAUAAAGAAAUUCACCCUGCA